AUCCCCCGACCAGUGUGCUCAAAGUUUGCUGGCAAAGCAGCUGCCAGCUCUACAAACAGCAGACGAGCAGCUACAAAUGUUAGAUUUAGACGUUUGCUGCUAGGUCGAAGCUGAUCUAGGAGAUCCUCUGCUUUAGAUCAUUCUCAAAGGGCACUUGCUGCCCUGAAAGGGGGGUGUUCAAGCAAACUGACCUCUGAGGUUACGUAGAAUCAGUUUGUGUGAAGCUCUGUGGAGGAGGGGAGGAGGGAACAGGCAACAGUUAGUGGGAGGUGGGAGGCCACGGUGGGGCUCCUGCACUGCACAAGAAGGAGACGAAGCAGUCGCCGGGAAGCAGGGAAAGAGGAGGAGAUGGCCACGGGAGAAAUCACAACACUUCCCUCCACACCUGAAGGCAGCGGCGGCGGUAGCUUUCCUCCUGGGAGCUUCAAGGAUCCCAAAAGGCUGUACUGUAAGAAUGGGGGCUUCUUCUUGAGGAUAAGGUCUGACGGGGGAGUGGAUGGAAUCCGGGAGAAGACCGACCCCCACAUAAAGCUUCAACUGCAGGCGACCUCAGUGGGGGAGGUGGUUAUCAAAGGGGUUAGUGCUAACCGCUAUCUGGCGAUGAACAGAGACGGACGACUGUUUGGAGCGAGACGAGCAACAGAUGAAUGCUACUUCUUAGAGCGGCUUGAGAGCAACAACUACAACACCUACCGCUCCAGGAAGUACCCGAACAUGUACGUGGCGAUGAAGAGGACCGGCCAGUACAAGUCUGGAAACAAAACAGGACCGGGUCAGAAGGCCAUUCUCUUUCUUCCAAUGUCUGCCAAGUCCUAAUCUGGGAUCGGCGGAAGAAAUUUUAACGUCUUAGUGGCAACGACAAAGAUGAUGUGACGGCAAUGGAGACAAAGUGUUACAUCAACAUUGCCCAAAAUAGCUGUGAUGCUUUCUGACUGUUUUUAUUCUGACAGUUAUUUAUCCUGAAGUGCUCUUAUUCAGCUUUCCUUUCAAACAGAGGCACACAUUCACACCUUGCUGCUUCCCAGUAAGACCAGGCUUUUACUGCGGACCAGCUAACAGCUACACUCGAGCAAAUAGAGCCAGGUGCCUUGCUCAAGUGCACCCCAACAGUACGGCAGCAUAGCAUUACCUGUUUAUUUUAGCAACACUAAAAUCUU